AAUUGACACAACUUCCGGUUUUGAGGCGGUCAAAUUAUUCUUUAUGGUCACGAUGUCGAUUGGUAACUAGUUGGUCAUAAGUGAUGUAGAGUGAUUGUUUAUAAUUUCAACGCAGAAAGACAAGCAAGAAAAGGAACAGAAACAGACUGAUUAAAGAUGUGGCAUGAAGCUAGAAAGCAAGAGAAGAAGAUCAGAGGUUUGAUGGUGGAUUACAAGAAAAGGGCUGAGAGAAGGAGAGAAUUUUAUGAAAAAAUUAAACUUGACCCCACUCAGUUUUUAAGAGUGUAUGGGCGCCCUGUGAAAGUGAACUUGGAUCCUGCUGUGGCAAUUGCAGCAGAAAGCCCACAGAGCAUGAUGCCAUGGCAAGGAGACAAAGAAAACAUGAUCGACAGAUUUGAUGUGAGAGCUCAUCUAGACAUUAUGCCAAAAUUCAAUUUGGUGACUCCACAAAUAUUAAGUCUGAGGGAGGAGGAAGAGGAGAGGAGAGCUAAUUAUGAGAGAUAUCGGACCUUAGUGGAAAAUGAAUGUGCUGGUGUUUCAGAAGAGCAAGCAUUGCACCAGAUAUACAUUGAUGAGAUGUAUGGAGCUGUGAACAAGGGUGUGGAAGAGGAUAAAAAAAAGUUGGCUGAAAAGAAGGCAGCCAUUGGGUACACAUAUGAAGAUAGCACCCCAGUGGGGGAGAAAAAGGAGGAAGAAGAAAGUGAUGAGGAAUCAGAUUUAGAUGUUGAGACAGUAGAUCUAGAUGUAACACUAGACAUUGAUACACUGACAAAUGAACAAAAAGUCUUGCUGAAUCAGUGUGCUCAAACAUAUGGGAUGAAGGACGAGGACUUUGUCUGUUGGUUAACUCGUGACAAAGAGGAAAUGGAAGAAAUACGUCUAGCAAAAAUGCUUGAAGAGGAAAAAGCACAAUUUGCUGGUAGAAAAUCAAGACGAGAAAGGAGGGCAUAUAAGGAGAAGAAAUUAGCAGGUAGAAAACUAAGCCCGCCCAGUUAUGCUGCCAGAGAUAGUCCAAAAUAUGAGCCUUAUCAGAGAAGGUCUUCAUCAUCAAGAUCCCGCUCUUGUUCCCCGGAGGAACCCAAGAAAACAAAAGUGGAGUUUAUUACAAGUUUUGGUGGAGAAAGUGAUGAAGAGGGCGUUGUCCAGGGUCCUGCCCUUCCUCCACAAUUAAAUGUUAGCGAGUCUCCCCACACAUGGAAGAAGAAAAAAGAAGCAAAAAAACGGAAAAGGAGAUUUUCAUCAAGAUCACGAUCGAGAACACCAGAAAAAUCUUCUACAUCCAGAUCACCAGAAAAAUCAAAGUCUUCUAGCGGAAAGUUUCCAAGUGAACCAGUUAAAAAAGAGAGCAAUAGCCAUAGAUCUGGCGAUGGGCGACUAUCAUCUGGAUCAUCUCAGAAAUCUAUAAGCAAUACAAGUCGCUCCAGAUCAAGAUCAUAUUCAUCAUCUAGAUCAAGGUCAAGAUCAUCAAGAAGUAGGUCAAGGUCUAGUCGAUCAAGGUCUAGAUCAAGAUCAUUCAGUUCAAGGUCUCCAAGUCCACAAAAAACUGUUGUGAAAAGGUAUCGCAGAAAAAGUUUGUCAUCUUCAGCAGAAUCUAGUAGUGACUCUGAAUCGGACAAGAAGAGGAAGUCCGAUGGUCAAAAAUCUGUAUCUGGUGUGGGUAACACAUCCUUGGCCACAUCUCAAGUCAACAAACUUACUCCUCAAGAGCGCCUCAAGAGAAGAAUGCAGGCAGCACUAAAUAGACAGUACAAGGCAGACAAGAAAGCAGACAUUGAGAGACAGAAUAAAAUGGAACAGGAGAGACAGGACAGAGAGGAGGAAUUAAGAGUUCGAACAUUGGAAAUGAGGAGAAGAGAGCGAGAAAAACGACACAGAGAAAUGGAGGAUAGACAUAGCAGCAGCGAUUCAGAAGAGGAAAGAAGCAGUCCAAAAAUUAGAAAACGAAGCACUAGUCCGAAGCAUAGGUCUCCAAAACUUGAGAGACGAAGAAGUCCAGAAAGGCGCCGAAGUCCGCUGUCAGAGCAUAGAAGGAGUUCAUUGCAAGAUCGCAGGAGAAGUCCCGAAAGAAGAAAGAGCCCAAGUAGAGAGCGUCGUAGGAAUUCCCCAGACAGAGGAAGAAAUCAGAACCUAGACAGGAGGCGAAGUCCGGGGUACAGCAAACGGGAAUGGGACCGUCACCGAAGUCCCCCUAGGGGGAGACGAGAGAGAAGUCCCAGAAAUUAUCGGCACAGAUCAAGAUCACGAUCAUCAGAAAGGAAGCCAAGAAUAGUGAAUUAUUAACGUGGAUAAUGAUACUAUCUGGCUCAGGAUAAUUCAGUUAUGCUUAUCUUUGUACGAUUCAUGAUACAUAGGAUAUACCAUUGUACAUGCCAUUGUAUAUAUAUUUGUAUUUUGAAAAAAAAAUCACCGUAGGUCUGACCUAUAAUUUAAUUUCUUGCUCAGAUAUUGCAACACUGGGUAUUCAAAAUGAAAGUUGUUGAGGUUUAUUGUUUGAAAUGAAACUUUGUAUUGUUACAUAAAUAUGGUUUCUUAGAGGGGGAUGCAUGGUGGAUGUAAUUAUUUUUCUACGUAAGUAGAUGAAAAACCCAUAGUACAUGUAUGUAGCAGUUGGUUAAUUUUUUUUCAUUUAUGAGUUAAAGCAGAUUUUAAAAUAACACAAUUUACAGGAAAUUUUUUGUACAAAUGUCUGUCUAAAAGAAUAGAAAAAAUAUAUUUUACCAAUCUUAUGGUUGCAUACAUACAUUGUAGGUAUAUUUGUUAAGGGGGGGGGCAUAAUUCCUCUAUUUGCAGUUUGAUCUGCCAUGGUUUCUAAGUGUCACAAAACCAAUGACUGGAAUGGCAUUAAAUGUAAUGGAUCUUGUUAAAUCUUGUGACUUGAAAUAUUGAUGAAUUUGAUACAAAAUAAAUGUUUUAUUUACCAAAA